AUGGCCGCUGCGACUCGAAUUCCCGAGGCCCACGAGCCUUUACUAGGCCAACGGGAUGAUCUCAACCUCCCACCGGAGCCACGCGAGAAGAUCGUCGUCAAUUUAAUCACAGGCAAGCGGCAAUCUCCUAGGCUCUUCGGCGUCUCCGCAUUGCUUCUGCAGGUGCAGGCAGCUCUGAUCCUCCAGCCUACGUCGACCCCACAGCAAAAGCAGUUAGGGACUCACAUCCACUACGGCAUUCAGCUGGCUAGCAUCCUUUGCUUUCUAGGUGCCUUCAUCGUCAUUGAGAUCAACAAGCGCGGUCACCCACACUUUGUUUCCCUACACGGUAUCCUCGGACUACUCACAGUCAUCUUCGUCGUGCUACAGGCCCUCGUCGGAGUUGCGCAGUACUUCCUUCCCGUGACCAUCUUUGGCAGUGUUGACGGAGGCAAACGGAUCUAUAAAUAUCAUCGGUGGAGUGGCUAUGCUCUGCUAUUGCUGGAGGCUGCGCUUUUCCUGGCGGCGACGCAGAUAGGAAUCCUAGCCAUUCCCACUUGGUCGGUCGUCUUGACCUUGAUCUUGAUUCUGCUUGGGUUGGGGACGAGGAUUAAAAAGCGCAAGUUGGGUCUGGGAAAUCACUGA